UAUUGCCUUGGCAGUGAGCGAAGAUAUUUAUAGUGAAUAUAAUCAGAAUAUAUUGGGUCAAAUAUUGUGUUGACGGAAAUGGCUACAAAGGCGUUUAAGAAAAUGAUAGGCGGACAGAAAAUGCCAGCGAUUGGUUUGGGCACUUGGAUGUCCACAGAUGAACAAGAAUUAGAAGAUGCUAUGAACGCUGCAUUAGACGCUGGCUACCGCCACUUUGACACCGCUACUGUAUAUGGAAAUGAAGCCCUCAUAGGUAAAAUACUAAACAAAUGGUUUUCUUCCGGAAAAAUUAAGCGAGAAGAGCUUUUCAUUACAACUAAAUUGCCCAUAUGUGGAGGACAUGCAGAUAGAGUAGAAAUGUUUAUUAAACAAUCACUUAAAGAUUUAAAGCUGGAAUAUUUGGAUUUAUAUUUAAUCCAUUUUCCGGUUGUUAGUAAUUAUGUCGGCGUUCCUGUUACACCACCAGAUCAAUUUAAAUUAGAACCGGCGGAUCAUAUUUCACUUUGGCAGAAAAUGGAAGAACAGGUGGACGCGGGCAGAACGAAGUCCAUAGGAAUCUCAAACUUUACUCAAAAACAGAUAGAAAGAAUUUUAAAAUCUUGCAGAAUCCAACCAGCCUGUCUACAGGUUGAACUUCAUGUAUAUCUACAACAAAAAGAUUUGGUGAAUUUCGCUCACAAAAAAGAUAUAGUUGUCGUUGGCUAUUCACCUUUGGGAAAUCCUGGAUAUAACAAAUUUUUGGCUACUUUAGGCGUAGAUGGGAAAGAACUACCAAAUUUACUACAACACCCCAUUGUUAAAGGUUUAGCAGAAAAAUACAAUAAAACUGCUGGACAGAUUUUGAUACGAUUUCUUAUUGAGAAGGGCAUUGUCCCAAUACCAAAAAGUGUUAAUCCAAAGAGAGUAAUUGAAAACAUUAACGUUUUUGAUUUUAAUCUCGAAAACGAUGAUAUUAAACAACUGGAGAAUUUGGAUGUAGGUGAAAAAGCUCGUGUUUGUGAUUUUGGAUUCUUCCCAGUGUUAAAGGAGUGUCCAGAAUUUCCAUUUGGAAAACUUUAGGUUAGUAAUGUUAUGUUUUUAAGUAUUAGCAUAAUAUUUGUUAUAUUUUGAAUAAAAUUUUUUAAUAUU